AUGCAGAUACUGAGAUAUCGCACGUCAACAGUGAUGCUCGCGCUCUGGUUGGGCAUUCCGUUGCUGGCGUUUGCUAGCCUCCGAACUGAUAUCGGUCAUAAGCAUCGUAGUCAGCUUCACAAACGCCAAGAGCAGUAUAUGUACAUAGCGGAAGAGCAGGAUCCUCUCAAGGCGGCGACUGCCAUUCAACAGAUGCAGUACGUUCCCAACAACAGCUCGCAACCAAAUCCCGACUGGCUCAUCGUUAAGGAUGAUGGCGACUCGUCGAAUCCACCUUGGCUUUCCCAGGUACCGUUUGUACCUACUCCUAAUACUGACAACGUGCCGUUUGCAGAAGGUAAGAUAGGCUGGAAAGCGGUACCGGAGUUGGAAGGCUUCACCCUCAACCGCACAUGGCAUGUACUACCAAACCUGAUCAUGCCGAUGUACAUCUCGAAAAACUACCAGCCUGGAGGUGACAAUAGCCGCAUUCAACGAGCCGUCAUUACCAUGCCUGGUAAGCCGCGCGACUCGUGGAAGUACGCCAACCUCUUCCGAAAUGCGCUCGCGGUGGCGGCAUCCAACUCAAGCUAUGGUAUCUCGGCGGACCAGGUCAUGAUCAUCGGCCCAAUCUUUCUCAACUCGGACGACAAGGAUGCUGGAGCGGUCCACGAUGGCGAGCUCUACUGGCAUGGCUCGCAAUGGCAGUCGGGACACAAGGUGCGUAACGACCAACCAAAGGCAAACCUGAGUUCAUACCACGUGCUGGACAACAUCACAGAUUGGAUCUUCACAUCGGGCGAGUUUGCAUCUAUCAAGCAGGUUGUUGUUGGCGGACAUUCGAUGGGUGGACAGGCGGUGAUGCGGUACGCCGUGUUGAAGAAGACCAAAGCGUAUGAUACCAACAUGCGGUUUUGGGUGGGCAAUCCAGGUUCGUGGGCAUGGCUCGAUGAUCAACGACCGUAUCAGAACGACACGUGUACAGGCUGGGACAGUUGGGGCUAUGGGAUCGGCAACGCCACCAGCGUGGUUGGAUAUGCCCGCAGAGACGUGAGCGCAAGCAAAGAAGCCAUUGUCGAGCGCUUCCGAUCGCGCAAAGUGCACUAUGCAGUGGGACUGGCAGAUACGGGGCCUGGUGAUACGCAUUGCCAGGCCAGGAUGCAGGGAGGCAGUCACCUGGACCGUGGGUCGCAGUUUAUACUCGCUCUGGGACGCCUAGGAGGAUUUCCUCGGAGCCAGACAUUUGAUGUGAUUGCAGGCACCUCGCAUCAGGACUAUCCGAUGAUCCGCGCGGAUAAGUCGAUGCAGCACAUUUUCUUGGAUGACUUCAACACAAGCUACCCGCCUUUGCUCAACACUACCAAUCCAGGCGACCGAGCGCACCGUAAUAUCACACGACAUGACCCAACCGUACCCAAGCUCAAGAUGUUUGCGACGCCAAAGCAUCGCAUCAUUGCGUCUGGCUUGCUGGGCGGGUCGUUGGUCUUCAUCAUCAUUUUCUUCAGUGCACUGCCACAUGUCUUUAGUGAUAAUUUCGACGAGCGUAGCUACAGAGCGGAGAUGGCGAUUCGCAGGCGAUUGCUGUCGUGA